GUCUGGGCCCAUCUCUUGGACCAGCAAUUCUCCUCCCAACCCCUCUUUCCAUCCCAACAUCAACUAGACUAUGUAAUGUCUCUGGUCAGCCCUAUCAGCAGCGAAAUUGGGCUCCGGAAUUACGAACGCGAUUCUGUCGAAAUCGCGGUGCCGAAUCUCGUCGACGAGGCGUACGAUAACCUGCGACUGCGUAUCGAUCUUGGCUUACAUGGAACUGUAACGUUCGAGAGCCACACGAACCUCGGCGAGACCGACGACACCUUGUCCGAACACAUGCAUCGAAUGUCCAUCGAGAAGGGCGAUAAAGACCAACCCCCGUCGAGCCGCAAGUCACAGCGUAGGGCGCGGGGGAAGGCAACCAGGCAGACCAGUUUUGCAUCGCACCUCCGACGGUCGGAACGUUCCUGCCGUGGCGAUCGAAUACAAGGCGCCGCAUCAGCUGGGGCGCGUCGAGGUCGUCACAGGCCUGGCGUCCGAGAUCCAGCCGGAACGCGAUGUGAUCAACAAAGAUAGCGAGAGUUUCGCGUUUGCAACGAAGGCGCUUGCU